UCCAUCCCGCCGCCGAGCCGGGACUUUCCCACCCGUUUUGCCCGCGGGAAGCGCCGGGGGGGGCCAUGUCCUCGCUGCUGUCCCUCCAGGAGGAGAACAGGAUCCUGCAGCAGGAGCUGUCCCGGGUGGAGGAUCUGUUGGCCCAGAGCCGGGCGGAGCGCGAUGAGUUGGCCAUCAAGUACAACGCCAUCAGCGAGAGGCUGGAGCAAUCCCUGCGCACGGAGGCGGGAGAGCGGGAAGCGGCCGAGAGCCGGAGCCUGGCCCAGCACAACAUCGAGCUCCGGAGGCUCCUGGAGGAGGAACAAGCCGCCUACAAGCGGAAGCUCCAGGCCUACCAGGAGGGGCAGCAGAGACAGGCCCAGCUCGUGCAGAAGCUCCAGGCCAAGGUGCUGCAGUACAAGAAGAAAUGUGGGGAAGUGGAGCAGCAGCUGCUGGAGAAGGCGACGGAGCUGGAGCAGGAGAGGCUGACGAUCCAGCUGGAUGCCAGCGGCUCCCAGCCGGAGGAGGAGAGCAGCAACGAGCUGGAGAACGCCCUGAUCCGGCUGGAAGAGGAGCAGCAGAGGAGCAGCAGCCUGGUGCAGGUGAACUCGAUGCUGCGGGAGCAGCUGGAACAGGCCAACGUGGCCAACGCGGCGCUGAGCGAGGACAUCCGGAAGCUCACGGCGGACUGGGCACGGAGCAGAGAUGAGCUGGAGCAGAGGGAGGCGGAGUGGAGGCGCGAGGAGGAGUCCUUCAACGCCUACUUCAGCACGGAGCACAGCCGGCUCCUCACCCUCUGGAGGCAGGUGGUGGCUCUGCGGCGGCACUUCGGGGACAUGAAAUCCAGCACCGAGAGGGACCUGUCGGAGCUGGGCCACGAGGUUUCCCGGGCGGGCCGCGCCGCCCACGCCGCCUGCCUGGCCCUGGGGGCCAACCUGCGCCUGGCCGAGAGCCAGGCGGGAGCGGCGCGGGAGCGGCGGGAGCUGCGCCUGGCACAGCUGGAGGAGCAGCUGGCGGCGAGGGCACGGGAUGCCGACCUGGAGAAAUCCGCCCUGGGAGCCAAGCUGGCCGAGCUGACGGCGGCGCUGGAGCGGCGGCGGGGCGAGGACGAGGAGAGGGAGCGGGCGGUGCAGGCGCUGACCCUGCAGCUGCGGGAGCUGGAGGCCGCGCGUGCCCGGGAUCCGCCGCCGGAGGAGGUGCAGGCGCUGCGCUCGGAGCUGGAGCUGCUCCGCCACACCCUGCACGACGUCACCCAGUCCCUGUGCUCGGAGCUGCGGUCGCUGCGGGCGCGGGCGGAGGCGGCGGCUCAGACCCACGAGCGGGAGGCGCGGGCGCUCCGGGACCAGGCGGCGGCGGCGGCCAAGCAGCGGGACAGCGCCCUGCGGGAGGCGGAGGAGGCGCGGGCGCAGCUGCGCUCGGCGGCGGAGGCGCGGGCGGCCGGGCGGCGGGAGCUGCUGGAAGCGCAGCGGGACGCCCGGGAGAGCCGGGAAGGGCGGGAUGCGGAGCGGAGGCAGGCGCAGGAGGCGCGCAGGGCCCUGGGCGAUGAGGCCAGGGAGAAGGAGACCCUGCGCCGCUCCAACGAGGAGCUGCGGGCGGCCCUGCGGAGAGCGGAGGGGGAGCGCAUCAGCCUGAAGCGCUCCGGGGAGGACAAGGAGCAGCGGCUGGCGCUGCUGGAGGCGGGGCGGGCGGCGGCCGAGCGGGAGGUGACGGAGCUGCGGGCGGCGCUGCGGGACCUGGAGCGCGGCCGCCUGGACGCCCGCCGGGAGCUGCAGGAGCUGCGCCGGCAGGUGAAGGACCUGGACAGCGAGAACAGCCGGCGGAGCAGGGAGGUGGGGGAGCUGCAGGCGCGCGUGGCGCUGGAGGAGCAGCGGGAGGAGCGGAGCCGCCGCGAAGCCUUCGGCCUCAGGAGGAAGGUGGCGGAGAGCGAGGCUGACACAGAGGCUGCCAGGAAGGAGCUCCAGCAGCUCCAGCAGCGCCUGGCGGAGGCGGAGGCGGAAUUCCGGCAGCGGGAGAAGGAGCUGGCGCGGAGCCUGGAGGAGGCUCGCGGCAACGAGAAGAAGCUGCUGGCGGAUUCCCGGAACCUGCAGCUGAAGGUGGAGGCGGCGCGGGGCGAAGUGGCCGAGCUGAGCCUGCGGCUGAGCGCGGCCCAGGGCCGGGCACAGGGGCUGGAGGCGGAGCUGGCCCGGGGCGAGGAGCUGCGCCGGGCGGCCGAGUCCCGGCUGGGCGGGCUCCAGGCGGCCCUGCGGAGAACCGUGGGCAUGGCCCGGGCCCGGCCCGGCCCCCCGGCACCCGGCGGGGCCCCAGAGGGGUCAGGAAGCCCCGGUUCCUCCCCGGAGCCCGACCCCGCAUCCGAUCCCGAGGCGGCGCGGGCGGCCCUGCGGGAAUUCCUACGGGAGCUGCAGGAGGCGCAGCGGGAGCGGGAGGAGCUGCGGGUGCAGGUCGGGAGCCUGGGCCGGCGCCUGGCGGAGGCGGAGCAGGAUCGGGAUAACGCCAAUUCCCGGGCGCAGCAGCUCCAGAAACUCAUGGAAGAGAGCGAGGAAGGGCACCGGGGGGACCUGAGCAGCUCCGAGGCCACGCUGCUGCUCCAGGAGGAGACCCUGCGCCAAUCCCAGCGGGAACGCCGCGAGCUCCGGGACAAGGUGGCGGCGCUGGAGCGGAGCCUCCGCAAUUCCGAGCGGGAAUGCCGGGCGGCACAGGAGCGGCUGAGCGCGGCGCGGGCCGGGGGGGCCGAGCUCCUGGAUGCCAAGCGGCGCCUGGAAGCGCUGGAAAGCCGGAGCUGCCGCCUGGAGCUGCAGCGGCGGGUGCUGGAGGGGGAGCUGGGCCGGGCCCGGCGGGCACUGGGAGAGCGGGAAGCGGAGGCCAAGGAGGCCAAGGAACGGGCGGAGCUGCUCCAGAAACAGCUGGCCCAGAGUGAGCAGCGUUCCAGCAAAUUCCAGCUGCUCAGUGCCCCGCUGGAGAGCGAUUCCAAGGAGGAUUCUCCGAGCGCUCCCUCCGUGCCCGAUGGUUCCCUGCUCCAGGAGCGGCUCCAGCAGCUCCAGAGCGCCCUGACCGCCGGAGAGCUGGACCGGAGGGGACUCCAGGAGGGGCUGGAGGUGGCGCGGCGGGCGCUGGCGGAGGCGCGGCAGGAGAAGGGAAUGCUGCGGGAGCAGCUGCAGGGAAUGCGGGAGCAGCGGGAGGAGCUGCAGCGCUCCAGGGACCGGCUGGAGGAACAGCUCCGGCUGCGGGUGGAGCGGGAGCAGCCGGAUUCCCGGGAUGAGCCCCUGGGGCUCUCAGUGGGGCUGGAUCGGUCCCUGGGCAGAGCCGAGCGGGAGCUGGGCCAGGCUCGGACACGGCUCCGGGAGCUGCGGGCGCAGGUGUCGGCGCUGGAGCUCCGCUCUGCUCCCGGUCUGGGAUCGUCCCCGGAGCUGCAGCGGGAGCUGGAGCGGCUGCGGAUCGGGCCCAGCCUGGAGGAGCAGGUGAGGGGACACCCAGGGGGGACACUGUCCCCUCCUGCCACCCUCCAACCUCCCCCAUUCCUGGCAGAUCACGCUGCUGAAGGAGCAGGAGCUCCAGCGUCACCCCCCCGGGAUUUAGGGACAUCCCGGGACACCCGCAGGGACCGGCACAGCCCAUGGAGGAGGGGGAUCCACCCCAUCCCAAAUCCACAGCAGGGACCAGCACAGUCCAUGGAGGAGGGGGAUCCAUCCCCAUCCCUGCUCCCAAAAUCCACAGCAGACACUGGCACAGCUCAUUCCGUGGAUGAGGGGGAUCCAUCCCCAUCCCAAAAAACCAUGGCAGAGACCAGCACAGCUCAUUCCACGGAUGAGGAGGAUCCAUCCCCAUCCCAAAUCCACAGCAGACACUGGCACAUCCCAUGGAUGAGGGGGAUCCAUCCCCAUCCCUGCUCCGAACCCACAGCGAUUUUUGCCUCCAAAAGCUGCACUUUUCCAAUGACACGACCAAACUUGUCUAUUUUUGAUACAAUUUGGGGCCUGUUGGAUGGUUUUCCCAUUUUCCUAUUGCUUUUUUUUAACAAAAAAAAGAGGGAAAUAUUCCCUGUUUUUAGUGCCAGAAGAACGAACUGGUUUAUUCCCACUCACCACAUCCUACUUUUCCCCCUUUUUCUAACACAAAACUCCCUGGAUUGGUGCUUUUGAAGGCUUUUUUUAGCAAAUAGUGGGAUUUUUAUAUGGCUGUUUUUGGAACUGGGGUUUUUACUGGUGCUACGGGGCAGCUCGAGGUUGGAAAACCCGCUGGAAUCGAGGUGGUGGCUUCGAGUGCCCCCCGAUCCUUGGCAUUCCUGGCACGAAUAAAGGUGGAGAAAUCCAGA